AACAAAUGUUUUGUUACUGUUUGACUGAACCUUGGACAACACCGCGAUAAGCGCGGGAACGGAACGGAACCGGUCACUCUGCGCGGAAUGCGCGCCGGCGCACCACUAGCGAGUUUGAAAGUUAGUUCCGAACUUGACUGACGUGACCUCAGUGCUAGUUGCCGUCAUUUGUAUCGGAAAGCGAGAAGGCUGAAGCAAGAAAAGGAGUCAUAAAUGUGCAACCCAAAAGUCAAGUAAAGAGUGACCAUGAGGGCUCCGGACAAAGGCGUCCGGUCGCGGUUGAUGGAAGAACUAUACACAUACUGCGCUUUCUGGAUCGCGCUGUCUACGCUGCCCGCCUUAGCUUUGUCCUAUAUUGUGGUUCGCAUCAGUAAACACAUAUGGCUGAAACUGCUAUCGAGUCGUUAUCCCGGGUUGGAUUUCAUCCGCACAAAUACAGUUCGAUCUCUACUUGACACACAUCGCAACCAGGGGAUCAUCAAUGUGCUGCUUUGUGUAAAAGGUAUUCCUGACACCGAGCUAAUAAAGCGUCAUGUCACAGAACAUUUGAUAGAGAGGCGAGAUGCCGACGGUGAACUUAUGUUUCCGAGGUUAAGGCACCAGCUCGUAUCUUGCUGGGGAAACUAUGCCUGGGACGAGAAUGUGAUUUUCCGAUUAGAAAACCAUUUCAUGCUCGCUAACGCCGUAUAUCGCGGACGACCAGUGACUGAUAAUAAUAUACAAGAUUUCGUAAGCGAGACGGUGUCUAAGUACUUCCCGACUGAGCAAUCGCCUUGGCAAUAUAUAAUCAUACCGUGCCUGUCUGCCGAGCCAAAAUAUUACAUUCUGGUUCGAGUCCACCACUUGUUGCUGACCGGCCGGCGAUCCAUGAACAUUGGAGAUUUUAUGCUUUUAGAGCAGUCGCCGAGCGAACGAACGCAAACAGAAUAUUAUCAAACAAGCCCCUUGUUGAAACUCUUCCCGAAUCCAUCAGCUAUUCCCGAACUGUUGGGAAAAUUGAAUGAAAAUCUAUCAAACGCUUGGAAUGAGUUUGUAUCUGAAUAUGACCCUGUGGAGAGCCCCCGAGCACUGAAAUCUUUACCUGGCGCAUUUCACGUGGCCGGCCUGAUUCUCAUUUCGGGAGUUAGCGCGCUGAGAGAACUAAAUAAGAGAAGUAGAAGGGACUCUAGGUCUGUACCACCUAUUACCGCAACUACUCUUCUAGCUGCUACACAGAGGGAAUGCAAGAGGAGGAAUUUGACGAUACCCAAGGUCUUAAUAUCACCCCUAGUAACAGCUGACCCUCGAAAAUGGCCGCAAAGAGUAAUAGGUACCGCUCUGACUACUACCAAAGAAUUCCUGAAGCUUCCGAUCAGAGUCAAAGAUGAACUAAUGGCCCUCAACGAAAUACGAUGUACUGGUCAAACUCGGCAGGCUCAUACAUUGACGUGGAAAUAUGGAGAGUUGGGGCAACUAUGUGCUCGGGCUAGUAAGGAAGCGUGGAGGGGGAUCGUGGAAACAUAUAGAGCACCCGCCAAAUUAUGGGAGGACACAAUUGGGGCCGAUGACGGACAGAGACAUUUGCUGCAAACUGUGUCGCUUUGCGGAAGGAAAGUAGCAGCUUGGUCUCGUCCUGUACCUCGCGCGGGAAUCGAACGCGCGGCCCGAGCACUAGGUGUAUCCUCAACCGACGUCGCUCUAUUCGCGGCCACCGACGGAAUCCGCGCUUUCUUCGAGCAUGCCCAUGCAGAACCACCAGAAGCAGUUCUCACAACCGCAAGAGCCGCAUCAGAAGACUUCCUCUUCACUUUUGCGGAGGGUCACGGAAAGAGAUAUAAGAAGUCGCAGACUGGAGGCAUGAUCUGCCUAUCACUACCUGUUGGGGCCACUCCUCGGCGCAUCGCCGCCGUGGUAGAACAAGCAUGCGCUCGUCAAGGCGCAUUAGCCGGCGCCUGGGCCGCUCAGGCGCGAUGGGGAGCUUUAACCAGGGCCGUACCAUCACCAUUUGCAAAGCUAACUCUUAACGUGUUGUCAAGAAGAUAUGCCGUGUCGUACGCCGAGAUAGAUGCACCACUGGGCUCUAGAGAAAGGAAAACAUUGUGGGGACAGACUGUGGACUACGUAGUGUAUUGGCGACCACCGCAAGCAAACAUUAGCAUGUCGUUAACAGUGAUACAGUACGCAGACACAGUACGUCUUGCCGUGAUGACGGACGCACGCCUGUCACCCGCGCACACCGUACCCGCAACAAGAUGGCCGAUGGCCAUAGAGCAACUCAUCGCGAAGGUCGACCAAGAAAUCGCAAGGAUCGCGGCACAAACCAAUACUAAUAUUCCCCAGAUUAUUACGCCUCGAGAACAGACAGCAAGCGAUGAAACACAAGAAACAGUAGAAGAAACUCAAUCUCCACACAACCUUAGGCCCCCGGCUCCAACCGUAUCUAGUCCGCCGCCUUUCAGAAGGCGCGUUACUCACCAUUAGUG